AUGAACUACGUGGGGCAGCUUGCUGAGACGGUCUUUGUCACGGUGAAGGAGCUGUACCAGGGCCUGAACCCCGCCACGCUGACGGGCUGCAUCGACGUGGUGGUGGUGAGGCAGCCUGAUAACUCCUUCCAGUGCUCCCCAUUCCAUGUGCGCUUCGGGAAGCUGGGAGUGCUGCGCUCCAGGGAGAAGGUGGUUGACAUUGAAAUCAACGGGGAGCCUGUGGACCUGCACAUGAAGCUGGGUGACAAUGGAGAGGCCUUCUUUGUCCAGGAGUUGGAGGAGAAUGAGGGCAGCAUCCCUUCCCGUCUCUGCACGUCCCCCAUCCCCACAGAGCAGAGCCUGGAGGAGGAUGCUCAGCCUCCUUAUGGGCAGGAGGCUGCCAGUGCUGAAGUGACCUUGCGCAAGAGGAGGCGACGCAGGAGAAAGCCCAAGAGGAAGGAAGUGUCAGACAUGGCGUUAGAAGGCUGCGAGGAGACCAGAAGUGACAUGUCCAUGGAGGAGCCAUGUGAGCUGCCAGCCCCAAGUGAUUCAGUGUAUUUCUCCUUUGCUGAUCUCCCUGAAGAAGGAACCGUGUCUCUGCAGUCCCCAGAGAUGCACCCUUACUCUGACGGGGAGCUGGCCUCUGCAGACAGCCCCAUCCUGAGCCAUCCAUCUUCUCCCAGAAGUGAUUCUGAGCUGGAGAUCAGGCCACAGGAGAGCUUUGCUCUGGGGACUGAGUCCCACAUGCAGUGGGCCUGGGGAAGGCUCCCUCAGGUGAAUAAAUCCGAACCAGCCAAGUCCAUAAAGACCAUUGCUACUGCAGAAACCACUAUCUCUGUGGCACUGGCCCCAGAGGAUGAGGCAAACCAUCUUUUUGCCACCUCUGAAGAGAAGUUCAUGGAGCACGUUGUCUCCUACCAGCAGUUUGCUGAGAAUCCAGGACUCAUCGAUGACCCGAACCUGGUGAUACUGCUCAACAAGAAGUAUUACAACUGGUGGGCAGUGGCUGCUCCCAUGGUCCUGUCCCUGCAGGCUUUCCAGAGGAACAUUCCUGAGAGCACCAUUGACCGGCUGGUGAAGGAGAAGAUGCCCAAGAAAGGCAGCAGGUGGUGGUUCUCCUGGAGGAGGAGAGAAUUCCCACUGGAGGAGGUGAGUCCCCAGGGGACAGGCAUCACUCUGGUGGCUGGCAGGGGUGGGGGCAGGAGGGCAGCAGGGCAGGAAGAGGAGUCAUCCAGUGAUGAAGAGCCCCUGCACCCUGGGGACGUGUUAGCAAUUGAUGCUCCUGAACAGAAACCUCUGGCAACCUACAAGAAAUCCCUGCGGCUCUCCUCUGAGCAAAUAGGAAGGCUGAAUCUGCAGGAUGGCCCCAAUGAGGUGGCAUUCAGUGUGACGACCCAGUACCAGGGCACGUGCCGCUGCGAGGCCACCAUCUACCUGUGGAACUGGGACGACAAGGUGGUCAUCUCGGACAUCGACGGCACCAUAACCAAGUCGGAUGCUCUUGGGCAUAUUUUGCCGCAUCUGGGAAAAGACUGGACUCAUCAUGGGAUUGCUAAGCUUUUCCAUAAAAUCCACCUGUAA